AUGAAAAAUUCAUAUUUUUUACCACAGAUUAACCAUGCAAAAUAAUUGAAUUAAGUUGAAUUUUAAAACUUUAGAGCUAAAGAUGAAACAGCAAAAGUGCAUGGAAACAGAGGAAGUUCUACACCUAGAAGUUCACGAGUUAGUUAAACAACUUAAAUAACUAAUGGAACAUUUGAUUUAACUAUUUCAAGAAAUAGCAGCGAUCCGUUUUUAAUUAGCUACAAAAAUGAUAAAAUUUUAAUGUAAAAUAUUUAAGAGGGAAAAUAUAAAUUACUACACAUGAGAUCGCAAUUGAAUAAUGUUCUGAACAUAUAAAGUAAUUCUGUGAGUAGAUCAACUAUAAAAAGAUCGUUUCAUAUUAAACCAGUAAUAAAUCAAUCAAAAAGAUCUUCUCUAAUUAAUAUUGAUAUGAAUUCUUAAACCGAAAACUAAAAAGAAUAGUUAGAGGAUCUAUAAUUUUAGAAGAAUAUGUUAGAAACUUUUUAAAUACUUCCAAGAGACUAGGCCGUUAUAAAAUAAAGAGGAAAAAAAUCAAUAGAAUAAUAUUAUAAACAUUAUAAAAGUCUUGAUAGAACCUUACAACAAAAUUAGCAUUUCAAUAUUCCAAAUUCGGGUGUCACAGAAAUGCUAGAUAAGAGUGAAAAGCACUUUGUGCUACCCUCGAAAGUGGGUAUAUUUAAAAAAGAGAAAACAGAUAAAGACAUCUUAAAGUUAUAGUAUAUGAGAUACGGAGAUAAAUAUGCCUAACUUUUAACAUCUGGAAUAAGUGGAUAUAAUAAUAUAAGUUAAUUCUAGCUGCAAAAUAAUAGAAUCAGUUCUUAGAGCUCAAAUGCUUUGAUAUAAUAAAUUAUGAAAAAUGCUAAAAUUAUCAAUAUAGCAAAUAACAGAAUAGGCAAAAUAGGGUGUGAUUAAAUUUCACAGUAAAUUUCUUAAAAGUAGUGCAAGCUGGAAGUAUUAAAUUUAGGUGGGAAUAAGCUAGGAGACACAGCAGUUAAAGAUCUAUUUUAAUCUAUUCUAAAAAACUAAAAUUUAAGGAUUCUCGACCUUUCUGAUAAUAAUUUAAGUGAUAAUGUUAGCUUUUAUUUAGGCCAAAUAGUUAAAAAUUGUUUUAUUUAUGAACUCUAUUUGGGCUGGAAUUAACUCAAGGGUAGCAGUGGCUAAGAGAUUUUUUCUGCUUUAAUAGAGAAUAAUUACUUAAAAGUUAUAGACCUAUCGUGUAACAGCCUUGGUAAAGGCGGAAGCUGUGUAAGCGACAUAGAAAAUUUCAUGCAAAAGAAUACUGAUGUUUGCCAUAUGGAUUUAAGCAGCAAUUUUUUUUCAUAUGAAGACUCUUUAGCUAUUUCUAAAAGUCUAGAAUCUAACAAAACAAUUUAUGGUUUUCAUUUUGAAGGAAAUUAUGGGUUUGUAGACUCUCGAGGAUUUUUGGUAGUUUAAGAAAAUUAGUAGUAAUUACUGGUAGGUCUGCAUAACAAGAGACAAAUAAAAAGUAUCAAUACAUUAAACAGAGAAGUAUACAGGUCAGAUAGAGAUGUAGAUUUGGCUGAUUGCUGUUGGAUAUGUGAUGGCUGGCAGGAGUUGGAAUUCAGAUGGGACAUAGGGUUAUCCGGUGAGUACAGCAGAGAUCCUUUAUUUAUUCACUUUAAUUUUGAAAAUUUUCGAUCAAACUAUUUUGGAAAAAAGGAUGGAUAAUAAUAAAACUUUUUUUCAUAUAAGAGAAUGAUGCCCCCAGGAAACCUGGACUAUUUCUACUCCAGCCAAGAAAACGAAAUGAUAGCAAAAAAUCAACAUAAGAAAAAUUUGCUUGAUUAAAAGCACAUUAAAUCGGUGCAGAUUUUUGAUGGUACUACAAAGGAUGUUUUAUUAGAAUAGAUUAAUCACUGUUACGUAGAAAAAAGUACAGGGGUUUUUACUAAGUAUUAUGAACCCUAGAUUAGUCUUCUACCUCGAGUAAAAGAUCCUGUCUACGUUCCACCAAAAAAAAGAAAAGAAAAAAUAAAAUGGACAUUCCCUAUUUCGUUAAUGGCUUAAUGGCGUUAAGAUGAUGACAAUUUAAUUACAAAGUGCUUUGAAUUUGAUUGGGAGUAUUGCAAAAUUCCAAGAAUAAUUAAAAAUAAACCUGAAGAUUUGUAAAAAGUAAAAGAUUUCCUGUAGUAAAAAUACAAGUACAUAAAAGAUACCUACAAGCAUUAUGCAUCACAAAAUCCAAUUGGUGAUGUAUGGGCCAUACAAAAACUUUAAUUUACAGAUCUGGUCAACUAAACAAAUUUAAUUGAUAAUAAAAAUUUGAAAGACGCUGACGUUGAUAUCAAAUGGACUGCAACAACUUCUAUAGGAGAUAAAGGAAAUUUUAGGAACCCCGAAAGAGGAAUUACUAGAUACUAGCUUAUGGAAGUGCUUGUAAGAAUAGCAGAAGAAAAGUAUAUUUUGAAAAGCAAAAAGUCUACUACAUAUUUUGAAGCUAUAAGUCAGAUGUGGGACGAACAUCUAGAAAAGGAGUUCACCUCACACUCUCCACACACAUGGAGAGAAUAGAGGUACUGGAACGAAGAAUGCGAUUACUGUCUUAAAAAUUAUAAACCUAUCAUAGAGCAUAUAUAUAGAAGACAUUCUAAAAAAAAGGUUAAGCCAGGAUAAAGUCCAUUCAUGUGUCUCGAAGAGCUAAAUAACAUAAUUGCUCUCUCAGGCCUAUUAAACGAUGACAAAUUUGGUAGCUAAGUUGCGAACUUUGCUUUCAAUUUAUCCAUGAUGACACAAGUAGAUGAACAAACUUAAGACAGAAUUUUUCAGAUGAACAUAGUUGAAUUUUAUGAAGCUUUAGCUCGUAUUGCUGAAGAAGCUAAUUUAUAACCCCUCCCUGGAAUUCCAAAUGUUGAAAACCAAACUCAGCUCAGCUAUGAAUAGAGAAAAAAUUUACUAUUGGCAUAUAAAUUAGAAGCUUUAAUAUUAAGAUUAUUUAAUACAUGCUCAGAUGCAGGAUUUAAGGCAGCCUAUAGCCAAAUUACAACAUCCUUUUUUAGUAGCUCUAAGUAAAAUGAUGAGUAAGAAGAAGAAGAGUAUAGUUACGAAGAGCUAUCUCCUAGAUAAAAUUAAUGA